AUGGAGUCACUUACAGAUCUCGAAAGGAAGUACAAAGACCAAAUUUUUGAUUGGAUAUCUACUUUUGUGUACAAUGAUGAAGCAAUCAUGAAAGAGUUAGAUGAAAUGACAUGCUUAACUGAAUUAGGUGAUGGCUAUAUACUAAGAAUUUUGAUUGGAGUCAUUUACCCUCACUUAAAGUCCUUCCCUCAUUUGGAAUCCAGAAAUGCUAAUUUGAUCUUGCCAGAUAUAAUCAAGCAGAUCUACCUUCGGUUUAAAAGGACAUUUGACAUCGACAUAAAUAUCACUGAUGCAUAGAUAAAAGAGGUAUUGAAAACAUAGAACUCUUAGGCUCUCAAGGAAAAUAUACUCCUUAUUGUAAUUACCACACCCCAACAAAAUAUUAACCCCCAGCCUUAGAAUAUGAUUGGUGGUGGAAGAUUUUCGUAUAACUCUAGUCAAAGUCAGGGACCAAUGAUGAGCAAUUCAAGAUAGGAAUGUGAAUCUGGGGAUUAUGAUUAGUACUCAAAUGGUGAUGCUCCAGGUAGUGGUGCUAACAAUAGUGGAGUAUUAGUCUAAAGACACUCAUAUCAAAAUAGUUAGUAUUCAAUAAACAAGAAAUCUAAUUAUCAUGACAAUGAUAAGUAAAGUAUUGGUAGUGAAAAUGAGGUGUUUAAUAUAGGUUAGUCUCCUCUGAAUCAGAGAAGGACAACAAACAAUAUAUAUGCUUCAACUUCAAGACAUGUUAAAUAUCAAAAUAGAACUGGCUAACUUUAACAGGAUGAGAUUAAUGCUAUGAUUAAUGAAAUAGAAAUGCUUCAAAGAGAAAACGAUGAUCUAAAGAAUCAAAACUAAGUAGCCAAUGAGGAUCUUAAUGCGUAUGAGUGCGAUUUAGAUCAACUUUAAUUAGAACUAGAUGACCUAAGAGAAUACAAAGAAAAAUAUGAAGAAAAUGAGAAUACAUACAAGGACAUGUUUCAAAAGAAGGAAAAAAGAGAGAUUCUAUUGAUUGAAAAGUUGAAGGAAAUGAGAAAUCAUAAAAACAAGCUUCAAGAUAAAUCAAGCUACGUUUUUCAAAAAGCUAAGAGUAUUAUUGCUGAAUAUUCUAGUUUCAAAGCCCAUAUAAAAGACAUGCAGCUCAUAAUUUAGGAGCAAAUGAGUUUGAAAAACUAGGAAUUCUAAUUUGCUAUAAGUAAUUUCUAAGAAAAAUAAGUUAAAAACUUCCAAAAGUUAAUUAAAGAGAAAUAAAGAGAUAUGGAGUAGCAAAAGACACAUUAUGAGAAUAAGAUAGCUAGACUUUAGGAGUAACUUGAUAUUUAUUAGAACUAGAAUCAAAGUGAUAACUCUAUAAAUCAAAAUAAAGAGCUUGCAAAAUUGUAAGAAAUCAUUUAAAGAACUUAAAAAGAAAAUGAUGAACUUUAGAAAUAAUUAGAACUCCAAAAAGUUCAGUCUUAAACAGAUUUAGAUGAAAAACUUCAGGAAAUCAAGACAUUUAAUGAAUAAGAAAUUACUAAGAAACUUAAAGAGCAAAAAGACAUAUUAACUAUUGCUUUGAAUAACAAACUAGAAAAACAGAAAUCAAAUAUCUGCAAUGAAAUGAAUGAAAAGCAUAAGCAAUAAUUAGAAUGUGAGAUAAGCAAAUAAAAGGUUGAAUAUGAGAAUACCAUCAAGACCUUGACUGAAGAAUUAGAUGAUUUAAAGAGUGAUUUAGCUUUGAGAAUUCCGAUUAAAGACUAAGCGCGCUAAACCAUGAGAAAGAGUUAGCCAGAAUCGCAAUAGACUGUAGGAAAUGAGGUAGAAGACCAGGAGAGAAUAGCUUUGAUUGCCAAGAUGUAAGGUGAGAUAGAUUCUUUAAAGAAUGAAAUCAGAGAGAAGGAAGCAAUGCUUAAUCAAGUUUAGAGUGAAUUUGAAGAGUAUUAAAUACAAUCAACUAAGCGAUUACAACAAAGGAAGAAGGAAAUCGAUGCACUAAAAGAGGAAAACGAUAAACUGAAGGAUGAACUUGAAAAGUGUGUAAAGCACUUCUAGGAAUAGUAGCUAAAGACCUAUAAGUAGAGAGAAUCAAUAAUGUCUCAUCUAAACAAUGGUUCUUCAUUGCAUCAGGUUCAAGGUCAUACUAAUGAACUGUCUCAAUCUCAGACAAAUACACCCAUUGAACACUUUAAAUUGAGAUAUAAUGACGAGAACGUCAAUAACAGGAAUUCCUAGUUGCCUCUACCCUUUGGAAGGAACACCACCUAGAUGCCAAGAACCCCUAAUUAACUACAGUCUAAUACUUUCUAAAGAAAACUUGAUGAAAAAAGUAAUAGUAACGAUGGUAUAGUCUCUUGCAAAAGUGUAUAUUAAUCUUUGAGCUAGUAGCUAUAAAUUGACGAGAAGUACAACUUUUCAGCUUUUGAAAGGGAAGAGCGAGUAGCGCCAGUAAACUUAACAAAUAGGAGCCAUAGUGACGAUGAAGAGCAUGAUGAUGACGACGACUAGAACUUAUCAUUCUUUUUGUCGAAUGAAUCAUCCAAACAUAGAGAUUCUAGAAUCACUGGAGAUGAAAUUAUGGAGAGUUUGAAAGUUCGAAAGUGUUCUGAGAACAUUCUGGAGUAGAUUGAGCAAGAUAUAUCAAAGAUUGACAAAGUCUUAGAGCAGAACAAGAUAAAUAAAGUCGAAGGCCUACAGGGAUUUAUAAAGACUCAGAGAACUGAAAGUGAUCCACUCAAUAGUUAGGUUUUCAUUCAAGGGAUUAACGACAAUUACAUUACUGAUUAAGCUAGUUAAACUUUCACUCCUUAACCACAGGAUUCAGAUUAUAAUACUCCCACAAAGGGUGAGGAACAAAAAGAAGACGAUAGUGAUUUGAUUUAGGUUGAUGAAGAAUUAAUAAAAUACUUAUAAGAAAUGAUAGAAAUGCUGAAUACCGACGAUGAAGAAUUAAAUGCUUAGAAUAAGGAGAUGCUAAUAAAGUAAAUUUCGUCAAAACUAUAAAGCUAAAAGAUAAAAGCAGACCGCAAAUAAAUCGAAUAGUUUCUUGAUACACUAAAAGAUCAGUAGUACUCCAAGGCUUAGACAGCAGAAGAGAAGAGGAAACUAUUGAAAAAGAUGACUGAGACUUUUUAUACUUUAGGUUACACAGCUUUCUAUGCAUAAUCAUAGACUUAAUGUGCCUCAGCUGCUUUGUAAUUGGGAUUAUAAGGUGGAUCAAUUGAAACACUCUCAAAUGGUUUGCUAAGUAAAACGGCUUGGAUUGCUGUAGCAUUUGUGUAUACUGCUUAGACUGGCUUAAACUAUAGAAGAUAUAAGAAGGGAAAUAUAACAAAGAAAGAGUUCUGGAGUAGAGUCAAAAUCAACUCAGUUACUACAGUUAGUUCUGUAGCUGUUGGAUCAGGUGGAGCGGCUGCAGGAUUUGCUAUUGGCACAGCAAUGUUUCCAGGAAUUGGGUCUAUUAUAGGAUCAGUAAUGGGUGGUAUAAUAGGAGGUUUUGCUGGUGAAAAGCUUUCAGCUAAGGCAUACAAAUCAAUUGAGCAUAGAAUUGAUUAGGCGAAAGAGAGGAAACGUUUGAGAGAGCUAAAUGAAAUGUAGAAUUUAGAAACAUCUGGUACUAAAUACACAGCAAAAUCCAAUAAAAAUGAUUGCAGAAUAAGUUAAGAAAGAUACGAACAAGCACUCAGCUAAUUAGCAAUUCCUAGUUUUAAAGCUAAUAUGUUUGAAAUAGAAUAAAGCUACAUGAAUAUGCUUGAGGUUCUCACAAAUAAUAAACUUAUGGAUUAAAAUAAGAGCCCUGAAAUUCAAGAAUAAUUCCUCAUGAAGUAUCAGCUUAUUAUUGACUCAUAUGAGGAUAUUAGAGAAUACAGGGAGUAUCAUAAUAUUAUUAAUUGA